AUGGUAAGUAAAAUUAUCAACAACAGAUCAUAGAUUAAUAACUAACAAUAAUUUAUAGUCUGCAUUAUUUAAUUUUCAAUCAUUGUUACAAGUUAUACUAUUGUUGAUAUGUACUUGUACUUAUGUUCAUUCAGUUGCUCCUGCAAUUUUAGAUAAUAGAAAAUCUGGUUUAUUAAGUUUAUUUUGGAAAUUUGCUAGAAUUGGUGAAAGAUUAAGUCCCUACGUUGCUAUAGGAUGUUUCAUAAUGGCAUUUAAUACAUUAAGUUCUUAA